AUGCAGUUCUCUACUCCAACAUAUUACAUGUUUCCAUUUGGUCGGCGAUUACCCUGUGAUAUCUAUUGGCAUGGGGUAUCAUUUCAUGAUAAUGACAUAUUCUCAGGUCAAGUCAACAAGUUUCCAGGCAUGACAGAAAUGGUGCGUAAAAUUACCUUGAGUCGGGCAGUGCGAACAAUGCAGGAUCUUUUUCCUGAAGAGUACGACUUCUAUCCCCAUUCAUGGAUUCUGCCAGAAGAGUUUCCCCUCUUUGUUGCUGAGGUUCGCAUAAUGAAAGAGAGCGAUCCACCCUGGAAGCCCACUUUCAUUGUGAAACCUGAUGGCGGUUGUCAAGGGGAUGGAAUCUACCUCAUUAAAGACCCCAGUGACAUUAGACUGGCAGGAAACCUCCAGUGCCGGCCAGCUGUAGUCCAGGAAUAUAUCAGCAAACCGCUGCUGAUUGACAAAUUGAAAUUUGAUAUUCGUCUAUAUGUCUUACUGAAAUCUUUAGAGCCAUUGGAGAUUUAUAUAGCCAAAGAUGGACUCUCUCGAUUUUGUACAGAGCCCUAUCAAGAGCCGACUCUCAAAAACUUGCACCAGGUAUUUAUGCACCUAACCAACUAUUCACUGAACAUUCACAGCGGGAACUUUAUCCAUUCUGACAACGUAAACACCGGCAGCAAAAGGACUUUUUCAAGCGUUCUCUGCAGACUGUCUUCCAAAGGGGUUGAUAUCAAGAAACUGUGGUCGGAUAUAAUUUCAUUGGUGAUUAAGACUGUUAUUGCACUGACUCCAGAGCUGAAAGUUUAUUACCAAUCUGAUAUACCAGCAGGAAAGCCUGGCCCAUCUUGCUUCCAGAUUUUAGGAUUUGACAUUCUCCUAAUGAAAAAUUUGAAGCCUGUGUUACUUGAAGUAAAUGCAAACCCCAGCAUGAGAAUAGAACAUGAGCAAGAGCUUUCUCCAGGAGUGUUUGAAAAUGUCCCAAGUCCUGUUGAUGAAGAAAUAAAAGUAUCUGUCAUCCGAGAUACCCUUCGUCUAAUGGACCCGCACAAAAAGAAGAAUAAAGAUACGCACCUUCCAGAUACCUGUAUGGACUCAAAGCAAAGAUUUCCUCCAAUCUCAGGCAGAUUGCCACGAUCCAAUCUUCAGCUUCCAAAGUUUGCAAUAGUCAGAUCUCAACUCUCUGAGCAUUCAUCAGACACAAAAGAAGACCUGAUGGAACCAGGAUCAGCGGAGAAACUGGAACAUGAGAUCAGCAAAAAUCCAGAAGCCAGCUUACCCUCCCUCUGUCUCAAGCAAGUGUUUCCAAAGUAUGCCAAACAGUUCAACUAUCUGCGACUGGGGGACAGAAUGGCUGCAUUGUUUAUCCGAUUUCUUGGAGUAAGAGGGAUAAUGAAGUUGGGACCAACAGGUUUCCGAACUUUUAUAAGGAACUGCAAGCUGUAUAACAGCAAUUUCUCAAUGGCUUCUGCGGAUAUUCUGUACAUCGAUAUCACAAGAAGAUGGAAUAGUGUGGGACUAGACCAAAGAGAAUCAGGGAUGUGCUUGCAGGCCUUCGUCGAAGCUUUCUUUUGCCUGGCUCAGAGAAGAUACAAGUCUCUCCCCCUUCACGAGCAGGUGGCGUUGCUGAUUGAUUUCUGUGAGUACCAUCUCUCCAUCCUGGAUGAGAAGCGCCUGCUUUGCAGCCGAGGCAUAAUGGCGCAUCGAGCAGCACUGGCUACCUGUCAGCCAGACAGGCCCAGGCCCCCCCCAGCAAUUCACGCUCCUCUCCUGAACCGCACGACCGCUGCCAACAAAUUCACAGAUUACAGAAAUCAUCGGUCUUGAUGGGUGCUCUCAAGGAAAAAGGACAAUGACAGGGCUGGAAGCGGAUCCCUGAACACAUGCUGCAGGAGGUGAAACAUGGACUCUUGAAUUCUUCCAUCUGAUAGUCCCGGUUAUUUAUUACAGCUUUCCCUGAUUUAUGCGCUUCAGAAAGGACUGUUGCAAACUUCCCCGUCCCCAUUCUGACUGCCAUUGGAAAUGGCUGUUAUUUAUUAUUCCCCCAGUGGACAUGCAAUAUAGCAGAAAUGACAAAGUGCAUCUUUUAUUCGGAGUCUAUGGGAAAUCAUUUAUGAAGACAGAAGGGCAAAAUGCAAUGUGACGAUAAACUGGCAUCAUGGGGUUGACUGAGAGGAGCAACCUCACUGAAGGAAUUUCAGCUUCCGUAAUGUCUAGGAGAAGCCAAUUUUUAUGACAUGAGCAACAUGGGUCUGAGCUGCCCUGUGUGUUCUGGACAUUGUUUUGAAACCAAUCAGGUGAUGCAAACCGCCGUUUAUAAACUGUGUGCUUUUUUAAAAACAAAACCUCCCAAUUAUGCAUUUGAUCACGGUUUAGGCUUUGUGUUUGUUUUAGCUUUAUUUUGUUUGGUGUCUAACAGGUUUUGUCUGAGUGCCAGCAGCCGCAUAGUGGAUUUUUAAAAAAAGUUAAUCCUAAAGCACUGAAAUCGUAACUCCUUUGGGGUAUGAGUCUACACUUGCACCCUAUUUCGAAAUAGGGAUGCAAGUGUAGGCAUUUGAAAUCAUGAAUGAAGCUGGGAU